GAUGGGUUGGACCCGGCUGUGCUGGGAUCGGUUAUUGGAUGCAGUAUACUAGUUUUGGCUAUUUUACUAUCGGCAGCUUGGUAUGUCUGCACACGAAAAAUUCGAAGGAAUAACGCAACAAACAGAAUUGGUGAUUACACGGACGUUGGACUUAGUCCAAAUGUGCGGAUCAGUCAAAGUACUCCAGACUUAGCAUUAGACGCAUGUCCAAACGAUAAAACUGCAUCAAGCAAGCGUGGAAUUUUUUCAGUAAGCGCACGACAAUGGACUUUACCGACAGUUUCCCCACGUCACAUGCCCUUCCAACGUAUGCUCUCUCAUAAAUUGGACCUGUCAAACAUUGAGUUUACUGUUCAGAGUUUUAAGCACAAAGAACAGCCGGAUAUAGGGUCCAUAAAACCGGAACUGUACAAACAAGCGUCCGUUGACAGUCUCCGAUCAGAACAUACAGCGUGUGGGAAGUUAUUCUUCAGUUUGACCUACGUUCAAGACGAGAGAAAUUUAUAUGUGGACAUUCAUCGUGCGGAAAAUUUACCAGCCAAAGACUUCUCUGGGACUUCGGAUCCUUAUGUAAAAGUGUAUCUAUUACCAGACAGAAAAACUAAAUUUCAAACCAAAGUUCAUAGAAAAACACUCAACCCAGAGUUUGAGGAAACCUUCGUGUUCAAUGUACCUUAUGAAAAUCUACCACAAAGGAUUUUACAGUUUAAUGUCUACGAUUUUGACCGGUUUUCAAGACAUGAUAUUAUUGGUGCAGUUGUUUUACAAGACAUUUUAAGUGAAGGAAGUUUAAUUAAAGAAACAUAUUUUAUUCGAGAUAUCUACGUUACAAAUCAGGAGAAAGCUGAUAUUGGUGAAUUAAUGAUAUCAUUAUGUUACUUACCAACAGCCGGCAGACUUACUUUAACUAUUGUUAAAGCCAGAAACCUGAAGGCUAUGGAUAUUACAGGCCAAGCUGAUCCUUAUGUUAAAGUAUCGUUGAUGUGCCAAGGAAAACGGAUAAAGAAAAAGAAAACGUCAGUUCAGAAAAAUACUCUACAACCAAUAUUUAAUGAAGCUCUGGUUUUUGAUGUCCCACAUGAAAAUGCAGAGGAUGUGUACCUUAAGAUAAAGGUUGUGGACUAUGAUAGGAUAGGCAGUGAUGAAUUUAUGGGCAGUGUGACACUUGGACCAAGAUACAAUGGUAUAGGACGAGAUCACUGGUAUGAGAUGCUGGAGAGUCCAAGAAAGCCAGUGGCACAAUGGUAUCCGUUACAAGAGACCUCACCUUUCCCCAUGCCUAUGACGGCCAAUGGUAAAUGUUGUUUACGACAUCAGUCGACUGAGGACUCCAAUAGCGAUGUUAACAGCUUACAUUAA